AUGAACAAAGGCCCAGAACACCUUUCUGGUGAGCUGGAGGCUUUUUUCUCGGACAAGGCGUUGCUUGAUUCUUUCGUGCGAUGGGUGGAGGACUGCAAGUGGUCGUUUGUUCCUGGUGGACAGUCGCCUGCAAAGCUUCGGCUCACGACGGUGCCCAAUGCCAAAGGUUCACAGCCGGUAGAUUUCUGGGGCCCAGCUCCAGUGGAUGAGACAUCAAAUGGGUCGCGCUUGGCAAGCAAGACAGUGGAGGCGGCGCCUGUCGGACCAAAGACUGUCCGUCGUGGCUAUGGCACCGGUCCGCAUGUGGCCGUCACUAGCCGUGUUGUGCUGCAGCCCAAUCCUAACUUUGAUGCUGCACCUCCAGCGAAGGCUCCGACUAGCACUUCAGUCUCGAAGGUUGCUUCGAAGGUGUCUUCGACGCGCACUGCACAAUAUGCCGUGCCGCCGCCACACACUGCUGAAGCCCAGAAGGUUCAUCUCCUGGGAGACUUGACCAAAACGCUGCAGACCAUUCUAACAAAGUUGCAAGACAGAGAGCUGCCUGACAGUCAGCGGGAGCAGUACCAGGCCAUGGCUGACAAGAUUCACCUUCGGAUCAAGGCCAUCAACCUGCCCAAUGCAGCCCCCCGCCGCCGUUGA